GGGAAGAGUGGGGCAGUGCCGCUCCCUUUGCGAGGAGGAGUGGAGGAUUCAGGCUCUUCGGACCCUCGCUUAAAAGCGUCGGGGGGGGGGUCUCUUGAAUGUGGUGGGAGGGGGGCGCGGUCUCUCCCUGCUCCCCACAGAAGACCCGCUGGGAGAGGCGUCGCUGCCUGAGUCGGCCGUGGGGCGAUUCGUGACCUAAAAAGGAGGGGCAGUGCUCCCCUUCCCCCCCCCCACAGGAGCCAUGCUUCGCCCGCCCCACCUUCCACUCAGGAAGCGGGGAGGUCUUCCCUGUCUAAAACCUGGAAGGAAGGAGAACGUUUCUAACACUUCGAGAACAAUUAACCAGUUGGUUGUUAAUUAACAAUUAGCAAUGAAGCUUGCCACCAGAAGUUGGGGAAGGGGGCUCCAACACUUUUCAAGAACAGACUGGACUGCCACUUGUCUUGAAUGGUCGGGGGAGGGGUAUCUGAGCAGGGGGUUGGACUACAUGACCUCCAAGACCUGUUCCAGCUAUCUUCUGAUUCUGAUUCCCUCUCUUCCCCACCCCCACCCCAGGUUAAGGGAAUCCCCCUGGAACUACAAGCAGCCAACAAUGACCUACCAGUCAACUUCAGAGACUGCCCGGGUAGAUAUGAGAAGAUCUUCUGAAAAGGAAGCCACAGAUGAGAAGUCUGCACUGGGGGAAGAUGCUGAACUCCGGCUGAUCCUAGUUGGAAAAUCCGGAGGUGGAAAAAGCGCUACAGGCAACACCAUCCUCGGCCGGAAUGAGUUUGAGUCCCUCACGGAGUCAAAGACCACCACCCUGCGAUGCCAAAAAGGGCAGGGGGCCUGGCAGGGUAUGACAAUCUCUGUGAUUGACACACCAGCCAUUUUUGAUUCUGAAGGCAAUGAUGAGAUUGUGCGACGAGAGAUCAAGGCUUGUGUUGAGCUCUCCUGGCCUGGCCCUCAUGCCCUCAUUUUGGUCACCCAGGUGGGACGCUUCACUGCUGAAGAUGCAGCCGCCGCAAAGUGUGUCUGGGAGAUCUUUGGGGCCGAGUCCGCCAGGCAAACAAUUGUCCUGUUCACCUGUGUAGAGGAUUUGGAUGGGGGCCCCCUACAGGAGUACGUUCAAAAAUCCGACAACAGGAAUCUGCGGAAUCUGAUCCGGCAGUGCGGGAAUCGCGUCUGCGGGUUCAACAACAAGGCCAAGGGAACCGAGCAGGAGAGUCAGGUCUCGGAGCUGAUGGAGAUGGUGCAGAGAACCGUUUCAGCGAAUGGGGGCAGAUACUAUGCCAACCAGCUGUUCAAAAUGCCCAAUGUACGGGAUGAGAACAUCAAAGCAUUCCUGGCCAAGGACAAAACAAGUAGAGAAAGGGUGGCCCGGAGACCCUGCAGCUUCACCAAAAUUGUGAUAUUGGCUGCGUUGAGUUGCCUUUUGCUGGCCAUUGUGAUCGCCAUUAUUCUCUUCUUUUUUUUUUAUUGAAAGAGUUUUAAAAAAAACAAAGACAUUUUCCCCCUUUUUUCCCCCCUCCCAGAA